UUUCUCACGCCUGGUAACUUGGUGGAGUAAGUGAUAACUGGUUACCAAAACCCUAACUCGAAAACAUAAACCUCAAAAAUGGGAGAGCCUCCCGAGUUAACUCAGGCAGUCAUGGACGAGUCAGAAACUGAAGCGGGAAAGAGUGAAAAUACGCAGACGCAAUCUCCGCCGGCAAGGUUCAACGGAAUGCAACUUUCGACGGAGGAACUGAUAUCAAAGUCUAUAGCCCCUGUGAAGAAGGAAUUUCUCCGUCCACCGCCGACUAGCCGGUCCACCACCUCAGAUAGUAAAGAUGAUUAUGCUAAUUCUGAAGCCCCUAGAAGUAGUGGAAUGAUCCAGGAAAAGAAGUCGAAGCGUCAGCUCAAGCGUGAACGCCAUGAGAAACUGAAGUCUGCUCUGAAUCUUUGUCCAUCGGUUGCAAGGACCGGAGAAAUCAGUUCAUGCAUUUAUGCAGAUAAAUGCCGUUUUAGCCAUGACUUGGAAGCUUACAAGUCUCAGAGACCAGCUGACCUAGAGGGAGAAUGCCCCUUCACCUACGCUCAAAAGCCAUGUCCUUAUGGGGUGACUUGCAGAUUUUAUGGUACUCAUAAGGAUGCGACUAAUGAAAAUUUGGAUGCGUUGAAGGAAGGCUCUGAAAUAAAUAUGUUGAAGAAAGAUGUCCAGAGGCUUCUUUGGAAGAAUAAUAUGAAAUUUCCAAAGUCCAAUGCAGUUCUUAAACAGCUUGGGGUAGAGGGGAGGGGCCACACGAGAGUAAAAGAUUCAGAAGAAGAAGAAAGUAUUGUUCCCGAUGGUUCGCAUUGUUCAGAGGAUAAAGGUUGUGAAAAGUAUGACUCUUCUGAUAAACAUGGUGCUUCUGCUGUGCUUCCUGAAGAGCCAUUGGGCAGUGAUGACAGAAGACCCUUGAAGAAAUCAAAAUCUGAUAUUGAUGAGAGAAAUUCUUCAAAUGACUUGAAUAAUGGUUGUCACUUGACAGGUACAAGUGUUACAGUAGAAGGUUUAGUGAAGGACUCUACAAAAGACGAGUCACCAAUUACAAAUGAUCAACUGCCUCCUGAAACUGAUGCCAGCUUAAAGUUUCACCCACGUGAAAGGAAACUUAUUGAUUUUCGCGGGAAGCUAUAUCUUGCACCCCUUACCACUGUUGGGAAUCUUCCUUUUCGGAGAGUUUGCAAGGAUUUUGGUGCAGACGUGACAUGUGGUGAAAUGGCAAUGUGCACAAAUCUUCUUGAGGGUCAAGCUUCUGAAUGGGCAUUGCUCAGGCGACAUAAAUCUGAGAAUUUGUUCGGUGUACAAAUUUGUGGGGCUUAUCCUGAUACUGUGGCACGUGCUGUUGAGCUUAUCGACCAAGAAUGCUCUCUGGAUUUUAUUGAUAUUAACAUGGGUUGUCCAAUUGAUAUGGUCGUUAAUAAAGGAGCUGGGUCUGCUCUUCUUACAAAACCAUUGCGGAUGAAAAAUGCUAUACAAGCAGCUUGUGCUUCUGCAGAGAAACCUAUAACUGUUAAGGUUAGAACAGGGUACAUUGAAGGAAGGAACCGUGCUGACUCUUUAAUAUCUCAAAUUUAUGAGUGGGGAGCUUCUGCUGUAACAGUUCAUGGGCGGUCCCGACAGCAAAGAUAUAGCAAACUUGCUGACUGGGAAUACAUAAACACCUGUGUCAAAAAAGCCCCGGCCUCGUUACAAGUGCUAGGGAAUGGAGAUGUCUUUUCAUAUUUAGACUGGAAUAAGCAUUUUUCUGACUGCCCUGAGCUGUCCUCGUGCAUGAUUGCUCGAGGAGCUUUGGUGAAGCCGUGGUUAUUCACUGAAAUUAAGGAACAAAGACAUUGGGAUAUCAGUUCUGGUGAACGACUAGAUAUACUAAAAGACUAUGUGCGCUUUGGCCUUGAGCACUGGGGUUCUGAUUCAAAAGGAGUGGAGACUACAAGACACUUCCUGUUGCAAUGGCUUAGCUAUACAUUUAGAUACAUCCCUGUUGGUUUGCUAGAAGUUGUUCCACAACAAAUUAACUGGCGUCCACCUUCGUACUAUUGUCGCAACGACCUAGAGACACUAAUGGCAUCUGAAUCUGCAGCUGAUUGGAUUCGAAUCUCUGAGAUGUUGCUUGGCAAGGUUCCUCUGGACUUCAAGUUUGCACCAAAACAUAAAUCUAAUGCGUAUGAUAGUGCAGAAAACGGCUGAUAUUAGAACACUAGCCAGAUUAUUUCCUAUUCAAGAAUUUAUAGCCCAUCAUGUUGUUUACACAAUCAUCACAGCAACAAAUGUUGCAGCUACAUUUUAUUCAUGUAUAAUUCUGCUGUAUUGUUACAGUCGGAAUAUAACAAGUUUUAUGAGGCCUUGUGCAAUUGUUCUUUGCUUUUGUUGCUUUGGACCUUUA